UCGGGUACCGGAUAUAGCAUAUACUACGAAGUUAUAAACAUGCGGCCAGAAGUCGUAUUUCGACAGACCAAAACGAUCCUACAAUGUCCUCCUACACAGACUCCAAAGACGCACUUCCGCCUCCAUACUACAACGCGGAUGGACGACAGAGCGCACCGCCAACAUACCCAGCGCACCCUUCGCGCACCCAGCCUGGCACGCCGCCUGCCGGUGGCUCUAGUAGUUCCGGAAUAGGCGGCUUCCUGAAAGGCCUCUCGGGUCAUAGCCCACCCGAUCUCCUCAACCCGCCACCCCCAUCGUUUUCGCGUCCUCUGAGGAGAGAGCUUCCGUACAAUCCCUUCCCCCCGAUGACCGCGCUGGGCUUCGGCGCGACGCUCGACCAAGGGUUCUCUACCGUGCCACCCACCACCGUGGUGAAUCCACAUCCGUUUGUGACGCACGACGUGUGUGAGGAGGACUGGACGCGGUUCGUGGGCGACCUCCAGAAGGUGGGCACGCUCUCGCCGAUGAACAAGAUCGUCGCCGGUGUAGCGCCUAUAGGGUUGGGCAUUGGCCUUGCAGGGAUAUUCGUCUCGCGGGCGAUAGAGAGACGCAUGAAGAGCAAGACGAGCGCCCCAGCCACGCAGAUCGUGGACCACUGGAAUAACUACUUUUUUUGGCCGCGCGGGAUGCAGGUCGACCUCAUUCACGGAAAACGCGUCUACACCGAGCACGACAGCAUCUCCGCGGACAUGGCUCAGGCAGGGUACGUGCCUAGCGUGGCCAAUGAUUCCUCCAGCUCGGACUCAGAGGACGACGAUCGUCUCCAUGACGCUCAGCAGGGUGCUCAACCUGGCGGCGCCGGCAGCCGCAAGGCAGAAAAGCGAGCUCGGAGAGAAGAGCGGCGAAGCCAUAAACGAGAGCGCAAACAGGCGAAGAAGGAUAAACGUAAAGCACGCAAGGAGCCUUGGAAGCUGCUUAUCACGUAUAGACCGCUUGCCUAACCCCCCUUGAGUUCCGCGGCGUGAUAGUUGUGCUGCUGCUGACCAAAGCGCUAUUGUUGCAUAUAUACCCAUAUACUUGGCAGACUUGACACGAGCUAGUUGUUUUACCCGUUAUUAGUUGAUACCCACUGUAUAGAUGGUAACAGACAUACACGAAUAAGUUGCAGCUAGAAUUGAUCCCAGAACUCUAAUGACCCGUCCCACGGCAAAUAAAUGGGAGCGUUCCUCUCAUAGUUCCAAUCGUCGCCCAGCCAGUCGUCCACAAGGUCGUCUGUGUGGGCGAUCAACUCCACGGGGUGCGUAGCCAGGAUUGUUUUCGCCUGCGGACUUAGCCGCUGCACGGACUUGGCCGAGAGCUUCACCGUGCGCAGCGGGUGGCCGAUCUGCGUGCGGUGCUCGAUGAAGAGGAGUAGGGUGGACUCGUGCAUGUGAAGGCGCGCGGGUAGGGUCAGCGACCGAAGCUUUGGCCAGGCGACAAUCUUCGAGGACUGGUAGAGGUCGAAGACAGCGUGCAAAAUGCCGGGUGCGCCCGAACAGACCAGCUCGAGCUCUUCCAGGUCGGGACACAGCACUGACUUGCCUUGCUGUAUGAUGCGCGCCUCUUGCGAGAAUGGACCAUAGUGGAGGGUGUGUACAGACGGCAGCAAAGAGAUUCGACUAUCUCUGAGCUCAUGGAACACGACGUCUGCAUU